GCUCAGAAGUUGCGCUGUUGCUCCCGCCUACUGCGAUGGAAGGUGCAUCCUUGAUUUUUCCGAUUCCCUGGACAAUGAGAUACUAACAGCCAUCGAGCCACCCGACAUUCUAUCCAUUUCCUAGACUUCCAAAGGAUUUACGCGAGUGCAUCUACGAAUGGCUCGAUCCUCCACCUCAGAUACUCCAUUUGUCUUACGAGCAACAUCCAUCAACGUCACGGCACAGGAUAAUGGAGCGAAUGGAGUGGUGGUGCACAUGGGAGAUGCUCUCGCCACAGCUGUGUUACGAGAACUAUUUGGCGGUGCUCACGAACCGUUCGAUCUGCCGUGAAUCCCGCCGUCACUGCACCGGGAAGUACUCGACUGUUCACCUCGGCGAAGAUCCCACAAACCUAACAAUUUUCAGCUUCAAGACGGACACCCUUUUCCUCGAUUACAAUAUACUCCCUGAACGCGGUUUCCUGGAACGAAUAUUGCCCCCGCCGGGUGCACGCUCUCCAUUCAAUCACGACCAUCACGUCAGACACUUGGCGAUUUGCAAGGAGUUUUGGUUCGAUUGGCAAUUCUUGAAAGACAUGGGCGAUAAUGUCACAUCCUUGGGCGAUGAUUGGCGUGGCACUUCUAAGGAGGAUUUCAAAAACUGGAUAGUAGCUCAUAUGCACAAACUGAAGGCGGUGCGGCUCGAUCAGGGCACAUAUCUGCUCCCCCGAAGCUCCCCGAUAGGUUGCUUGUUUGUGGAUGCUGGCUGGCGUGGAUUCCCACCAGACCCACACAUCGCAAGGUUCCAAAAAGCCUUCCAAUUGAACGAAUGUGUCGACAUUAAGACAGUCUGGCCAGAGAGGUUGGACACACCCGGAUGGACGCAUUCAGCUGAGGAUUAUACCUCUGGCAUUUGGCAAUGGCCUUACGUUUCAAAGGAUAACCUCGUUAAGAUCACCGAGUACAACAGUGUCUCUUUCGGAUGAGAUGCGGGAGUGCAACACCAAUUAGCUUAUUAGGCUGUUGGCUGUUCCGAGGCUGCU